AUGGUGCUCAGCCAGUAUGACUACAUCUUUGCCAUUGGCACUAUGUUUGCCAUGCUUGAUGCUUACAACAACGGUGCAAACGAUGUGGCCAACUCCUGGGCUACCAGCGUCUCCUCCAGAUCGGUCACCUACCGACAAGCCAUGAUCUUCGGCACCGUCUUCGAGAUGCUCGGUGCCAUCACGGUCGGUGCUCGGACGGCUGACACCAUCAAGAACGGUAUCAUCCCCAACUCGGCCUUCCGCGGUGAUGCCGGCGUGCAGAUGCUGGCAUUUACCUGUGCCCUCGCUGCUGCUUCCUCCUGGGUUAUGUGGUGCACCAAGCACUCGGCCCAUGUCUCGUCGACCUACUCCCUCAUCUCUGCCGUUGCCGGUGUCGGUGUUGCAACCGUCGGUGCUUCCAAGGUUCAGUGGGGCUGGAACAACGGAAAGGGUCUUGGAGCUAUCUUUGCAGGCCUGGGCAUGGCGCCAGCCAUCUCGGCUGCUUUCGGUGCUAGUAUCUUCAUGCUGAUCAAGCUCAUUGUCCACAUGCGCAAGAACCCCGUGCCAUGGGCCGUCUACUCCUCUCCCUUCUGGUUCCUCAUCGCGGCCACGGUCUGUACCCUGUCCAUUGUCUACAAGGGUUCGCCAAGUCUCGGUCUGAGCAAGAAGCCCGGCUGGUAUAUUGCCGCUGUGACCAUGGGCUGCGGUGGUGGUGUCGCUAUCCUCUCAGCCAUCUUCUUCGUACCCUUUGUGCACGCCCGUGUGAUCAGGCGGGAUCACGGUGUCAAGUGGUGGAUGUUUAUCCUCGGCCCUCUGCUCUUCAAGCGUCCCGUUCCUGAGGGCGCCGACCGUGCCAAAGUCCCCAACUACGCCGUCAUCCAGGACGAGGAGCACGAGGAGCAGGCUGCCCAGGCAUCCCCCGCUCGGACCCUUUCCGGGUUUGACGGCAAGGACCCCAAGACCGAUAUCGAACCCAUUACAUCGCCGGCCAUCUCCCCCAACGAGAAGAACCUCGUCGCCACCGAGGCCAAGCAGCUCACCUACAAGGAACUCAUGGAGGAAUCCAACAACCGCCUCAACGCCCGACUCCUCAAGAAGCGCGGACCCGUUGGAUGGGCGAUGCGCACCCUCCGCGACAACCCGAUAGGCCCCGGCGAGAUCUACGAACUGAAGAACAUGAAGAUCCUCCUGAAGCGCAUCCCCGCCAUGAUCACCGUCGGCUUGUUGUACGGUCUGCACUAUGAUAUCCACGCCGCGCAGUCCGGUAUCCACGGUACGCCCGAGGGAGAACGGAUGCAGCGUGUCUACGCCCAUGCGGAGAAGUACCCCAACGAGGUCGAGCACACGUAUUCGUUCGUGCAGGUCCUGACCGCUUGCACUGCUUCCUUUGCUCACGGCGCCAACGAUAUUGGUAACUCGGUCGGCCCAUGGGCCGUUAUCUACUCGGCCUGGAAGACGGGUAACGCGGCUGCGUCCAAGGCCCCAGUGCCUGUCUGGCAGCUUGCCGUUCUCUCCGGAUGUAUCUCCGUUGGUCUGAUCACCUACGGCUACAACAUCAUGAAGGUCAUGGGCAACAAGAUCACCUACCACUCACCCAGCCGCGGUUGCUCGAUGGAAUUGGGCGCCGCCAUCACCGUUCUGGUCUUCUCGCAGUACUCUCUCCCCGUCUCGACCUCAAUGUGCAUCACCGGCGCCACGGUCGGCGUCGGUCUCUGCAACGGUACCCUCAAGGCCGUUAACUUCCAGCGUGUGGGUCUGCUGCUGCUGGCCUGGAUCAUGACCAUUCCCAUCGCUGGUACCCUUGGUGGUAUCCUGAUGGGCCUGUUCAUCAACGCUCCUCACUUCUCUUCUUAG